GCCAGCGCUAGGUGAUCGGCUCAUCGGAGAGUUUCUGAUCUAAAGGCUUUUCCAUCCCAGCCAAUCGCCACCGUCAGUUCGUCAACUUUUGCCCCGCGGCUCGCCGAGACCCGACACCGAUAGUUCGAGAGUUUCUGCUUUCGGCUUUCCCACCGCAUCAUCGGCCCCCACGCUCAUCCAGCCAUCCACGCUCCUCAUCUGACGGUCACUAGCAGCAAGCACCUCACAAUCACAACCCGUCCCCGUCCUCCCGGCCCCUCUUUCUUCCAAGUUUCAAACCCACGCAACCACGGAUACCAGUCCACCACCACGGCAAAGGUGGCAACGAGCAAGGCACCACCGGCAGGCACCAACCCAGCAGACUGAGCAGAUCAGCAGAGCACGAUCGUCCCCGCCCGAAGAUUCUCCCCAUCCCCUCCUCCCCACCCACCCACCCUCAGGCAUGACGGCGACGUCCAAGGCUCCGCGGCGGCCCCGCAUCCGCCCCCGCGGCCCGCCGCCGGCGCCGACGCCGAUCCGCACGGCGCGCGGCGCGCGCACCGCGGCCGCCGACGAGCGCGUCCUCGCCGAGUUCCUCGAGGCCUCCCUCCGCGUGCCGGACCUCUCCCUGCCCCCACGGAAGCGCUUCAGCUUCCCACCGCCGCCGGCGCCGGAACCGGACGGGAUCCCUUCUCACGCCCUCGUUUCGGGCGACGCGGACGCGGAGCAGCGGGCGAUUGCCGCGGCAGCGGAGACCGGCGCGUUCCGCGUGACCAGCGCGGUCGACGCUCGCGAGGCGCGCGACGCCGUGGAGGCGGCGUCGGAGCUCGUGUUCGCGGCGCCGGAGGAGGUGAAGCGCGGCCUGGAGAGAUGGUACCGAAGGAGAGAUCGGGAGCCCCGGGAGGAGUUCGUCUGGUUCCGGCCGAUGAGCGCCGACGAGGACAGAGCGAUGGCCGCGGCCUUCCCAGGCUCCACGUACCGUGCGUUCAGGGAGAAGGUGGACACCUUGGCGUCCAAAAUGGAGGAUAUAGCAAAAGCUGUCAUCAGGGUUCUACACGAUAACGUCAAAAACCCUAAAGCCUCUGCCGAGCCCAGAGAAGCCGCCCCGUCAAUCCUGCGCCUGGCACUGUACAGCAGUGACACGUCGAGUACGUGCUGGAACGAGCUUGACAGCACCACUGCUCCUAACUCGCACGCUUUGAGCGUCCACCUCUGCGGACAAGACCGGCGGAUCUGUCUGCGGCGGAGUCUGGGGGGCUCGACCGUCUCCACUCUACCUGCGGGCUGCAUGCUUGUCACAGUCGGCAAGCAGAUUCAGUGCGCUUGCUCUGAACCCAGGAAUGGUCCAACGGGCAGUUCAAGGCCGCUGUUGGAGGAGAGGUAGUACUGUUCGAGACGACCGACGAACCAGGCCCCUUCGUCUCCGCGGAACUCAUCGUGUACUGUUACUGUCCACACGACCUGCGUCUCUCUGAGGCUGGCCGGUACGCCAGCCGCCGCGUUGACCGUGCCACGAUCGUUUCCUUUAGGGACCAGAUACUGGUCGCUCUGGUUUUGCUGUCUUUGUUCUACCUCUUCCGGGGCUGAUCCGGGUGGAUCGAUCCGUUUGGACUGGAUUGUCGAUUCCUUUUGCGACGUCCGAGAUGGCUAGAUUUUACAGCCUUGUCGGACCUGUGACGACUGCCUGCCCUUCUCUGUUGGCUGGCUACGGAGAUGAUGGGGGAAAACACCGCGUGGAUUGCGGUGGCAUGCAACAGGUGGUUCGAGUGUUUGUGGUGAUUUGCAUGGCUUUUCUUUUCUUGGAGGGAUAGGUCAUAGGUCCGGUACAUACUGCUGUUAGUUUGUGAUAGUUGAGGGGAAAUGGGACAUGCUAUGUGGGGUUGGUUGAUUUUUUUUUUCCCGAUUGAGAGAGUUGACGACGCUGCGAUUGAAGUGUUUACUGUGAUAGUGGUUUCUCUUCUCUUUUUUUUGUAAGUACAUUGCUGAAUCAUGUAUGUAAUAAUUGUAUGUGUGUUGGUCUUUGUUGGCUGUGUGGCAAGGAUAUACUAGGGAAAUUGCUUCCUUGCAAUGUGAAGCCCUGUAGUGUAAUUAUGGUUGCCUGAAAGAAAGGAUUGUACUGUAACUAUUUCUUAACGAAGAAAUGAAUUGCUUCCUUGCAUUU